AAUGGAAUUUUGAAAAAUGUGAAAAGGUUCCUCAUGACUCAUCUUAUUUAUGUAAAAAGUAACUACAUACGCAUUUUCAGGUAGAUCUCUAGCCUAGUGUGCACUUGAGGUCAAAAAGAUGGCAGAUGACUAUCCACCAGAGAGGGAAGUAAAGGAGUUUUGUUUCAAACAGUUGGCUAAAGUUAAAGUGUGCGAUGGCCCAAUACCAAAUGUAAAUUCCAGAUUACAACUUCUAGCUGUUUCAAAUAAAUACGGAUUAACAUUUGCAGGAUAUACAGAAGGUUUCAAAAUAAUACAGACAGCAGAAUUGUCCAAUAUUGUCGCAAAAGCCACAGAGAUAAAAUCAGAUUACGGAUUUUUUCAUGAUGUCAAGACACUAUCGCCACCUAUUUCUAUUGGAUGUAGCAGUGAUGAUAUUUCGUUACUCAUUUGUAUGGUAACUGAAAGUGGAGUCGUUGGCCACAUAUAUGAUGUUAGGAGUUUCGCUGAUAAGAACACACAGCCAUUUGCUGUUAUCCCAAUUUCCACAAACAAACAGUGUGAGUUGCUUGAUGUCAUGUGGAACCCGGGUGGUGCUGAUUUCUCAACUCUUCUCGGCACUGUUACCAGUGACGGGACACUGAACUUGUGGAGGGUGGCCGAGACAGCCACUUUGGUGUCAAGCCUCCAAGGGGCAAACGCAACAGCAAUUUGUUGGAGUCCAAAGGGGAAACAGAUUGUAGCUGGCAAGAGAGAUGGCUCCCUCUGCCAGUAUGACCAGAAACUAACCCAGAAAAAAGAAUUUCCACGACCAGGGUGUUUCCCAGGUGACCUGUCAUGCCAUGUGUGUGACAUCAUGUGGCUAAGCACUCAUCAAUUCGCUGUUGCUUACUCUAAUACAAAUGGUGAUCCAAGUGAACAGCCAUACAUCGUUCUUCUUUCUGCACCGAAGGGUGUUGAGCCGAAGUAUACAAACUAUGAAGAUGUCUGCUUUGGAAGUGGUGAAGAAAGAAAACCUAAAUAUUUCUUCAAACAUUUGGCAGAGUGGGAUAUCCUGCUAGCAGGCAGCAAUAAUGCAAUGGAGAUUGGUGCCAUGGGGAAAAAUCCAACAGAUCCCAAUAGCUGGGAUAGAUGGAGCUUGGAAGACAGUGGCCGUGCAGAACUGCCUUUGACGGCAACCCAAGAUGAUACGUUUCCUAUGGGCCUUGCUUUGGAUUAUACGUCACAGUACAACAUACCAAUCAAUGAUACAGAUGUUCACCCGCCCUGCCCAAUAGUGCUGAUCUUGAGUACAGAUGGCGUGUUAGUGUCAUUCUAUGCUAUGAACAAGCACCAGGGGGCACCACCACUAACUAAAGCUCCUGUUGCCCUGACAUCGCAAGGAGCACGUCCACCAAAUGGUGCGUUAUUCAUACCCCAGGGCCCAAAGACAGCAGCCCAGGCCCCGGCACCUGUACAAGCAUCAGUUCCUCUACCUACUCAAAGUUUGGUCACUGAUGCUUCAAAAGCCACAGCAGCUGCUACUACUUCAAGUGGGGCUCCCCCUCCUUUUGGGGCUCCAUCUGGUGCUCCCCCACCCUUUGGUGUACCAGCAGGAUCAGCCUCAUCUGUUACAGGAUUCGGGGCUUCAUCAUCUGUUGGCCAAAGCACCGGAAAACCAGGAUUCUCCUUUGGUACAACAACUCCACAGUCUGGCUUUUCUUUUACAAAUUUGACUGUGAAGACGUCAGCUUCCACUGGUCAGCCCAUAUCAGCCGGCUUUUCUGCAGUCCCCCUUGGUAGUAAACCUGCUCAGGCAGUUAGCAAAGGCCAAGCCCCGGGAAGUGCACUUGGAACUGAGGCCGCUGCAAUGAGUCAGUCUGCUUUCACAGUAAAACAAACAACACAAGUGGCUCCCUCUAGUGUGCAGAAUACACCAACAGGGGUUCCAACUGGAGUGGUUCAGAAACCUCCACAAUCUACUCUACAGGCUCCUAAGGCUGUGACCCAGCCUGUGAAAGUUUUAGCCUCUAGCUCAGGCACUCCUACAAGUCCUGGGUUCAGCUUAGCUAAACCAAUAUCAGUGCCAACAGUGAAGACUAUUAACACUGACAAAACAGCAGCUGUCAACCUCCAAGCUACAGAUGCCUCCAAUCCUUUCAUUAAGAGCAUCUUGGAUGAGAUGGCCCACUUUGAGCAAGAAAUGAAAGACCUUAAACAGAGAUCAGCUGGAUGUAAGGUUGACAUUGGUACAAAACAAGAACUAAUUGCAAUGAAGACAACUACUGAAGAACUUACAGACUUCUGCAAAGAGAUCCAAUCAAAAACAAAGGAAAUCAAUGCAGAAAUCCAUGAGUUGAAAGCUGAUUCUUUGGAUGCAUUUGCGGCUGUAGAAGAGGCACGAUCUCGCCAGAAACUCAAUCAUGAGCCCCGAUAUUUGAGUCUUCUUCGAGCCCGUUCCCUAGAUCCCGCCAGUGCCAAGGCCAUGAAGGACAUCACACUGCAUUAUCACUACUUGGAGAACAGUAUUAAUGAAGUGAACAUAUCCCUUGAUAAUGAAUGGGAGAAAUACCAGGCUGAUAAGAGGCAACGUUCCAAGAAGAUGGUCACCCCUGCUAGCGAUGCCAUCUAUCGCACUCUUAAAAACAACCACAACACUGCGAUGGGUCAAGGACGUAUCAUUGAACAGCUUACAUCACAGCUUGCUGACAUGAGAUUACAUAAUACUACAUCGUCAUGGAGACCUAAUAGCUACAACACUACAAGCCUUCUGUUAGAAAACUUUGAGAAUCAACCAGAAAAGGGUGAGAAGGAGUUACAAGGUUUAGCUGCCAGUCUUAUAGAAACAUAUCCCUCACCUGUCAAAGCAGCUGUAAGUAGUCCCGUGUCACCAGAGAAACGAGCCCAGUUACGUGAAAUCCUUGGGCAGAGGAAAGUAACACCUGUUAAAGUAACUGCGCCAGGUAACUUGUCCAUGUCGAGGCUGGUGUCUGCUCAAAAAUUGAGACAAGUUUUGAAUGAGAGUAUGGAGAAGGCAGAAAAGCAGACGGAGGAAGUAAAAUCACCAGCUCCCUCUAGUGGUGCUCUGCAGAAGACAGUCACUCACACACAAAACAAACCUGUAAAGACGGCAAAGACUCAGCCCCCUGUGCGUGUCACAGCCCAGGCGCCAUCUAAUGUUGUUGUCCCUGCUGCAUCUAAGGCUGUCACUCAGACUGUCACCUCAAGCCUGGCAUCUGGCCAAGCCCCCCAGCUGAACAAGCCGCAGGGUCAGUCAAACCUUAAUCUUGGAUCUCCGUCUGGAACAUCUGUUGAUGGGAAGCCUGUUUCUGCAUUUUCUGGAUUCAGUGCAGGAGGUGUCACUAUUGGGCAGAGCAAGGCAUUUAGUGCCACAGGAAGUGCAACCUCUGCUAAUGUGACAACAGCAAAAUCUAAAACUGAUGCUCCCGUUGUCAACUUAUCACAGGCUGCUUCUGGAAAUUCCACACAGGCUGCUCCCUCUCCAUCUUCUGGCUUUACAUUUGGUGGGAAAUCAACUUCUGGUUCUGCAUUUGGCUCAGCAAGCUCAUUUGGAACAACAAUUACAACAACAUCUGUGACUCCUAAAGCUACAAUUACAGUACAGGAAUCGAAGAAGGAAUCAACUGAUGCGAAAGCUGAUGCCAAAAAUUCGGGAUCUAGCUUUGUAGCAGUCAGUUCUGUUGCAGAUAAACCUGCUGCUGCUUCUGUAACCGCGGCAACCAGCACUAAAGCGCCAGCACCCUCUGCUGGUUUCUCUUUUGGAUCAACAUCAUCUGGUUCAUCAGGAUUUGCAUUUGGUUCUAAAACAACAGCAGAGGCAUCUGCUAAGCCUACGUCCAGUGCUGGAUUCUCAUUAGGUGAUACCAAACCCUCUACUCCUUCGAAUUCUGCGUUGAGUGGCUUACUUUCUGCAGACUCUACUCCAAAAUCUUCGUCAUCUACCAGCGCAUCAGCAACUUCGUCGUCAUCAUCUGCUUCUGCAUCUGGCUUUAAAUUUGUGACAGCUGCAAGUUCUACUACGCCUGAUAGUACAUCAACUGAUGCUACUUCAGGCACAGCUGCAACAACUGCAAGUAUAUUUGGUGGCACUGGUUCUGUCCCCAAAACCACAACAUCCAGUGUGUUUGGUGGAUCUGGGUCUAGCACUGGGUUCACUUUUGGAACGCCAUCAUCUGGUUCCAUAUUUGGUGGUGCACCCAAAUCUGAAGCAACAUCUACAUUAUCUGGUGGAAUCUUUAGUAUGAAAACAACAAGUAGUUCCGGCUCUGGUGGACUAUUUCCUAGCCUCACAACAGCAGCGGAUUCUACAAGCACUACAACAGCAGCAACUACCCCAACAGAAAGUGCAUCUGGGUUUAAGUUUUCUUCACCGGAGGCAUCUAAACCCUCUGGCUUUGUGUUUGCACCCCAAAGCUCUGCCACUUCUACACCUGCAACUUCAAGUGCACUAGCAGGAUUAUUGGGUUCUACAGAGGCUCCUUCUGGCACCAGUGCUCUGUCUGGACUACUGGGUGCUAUGCCAAUCACAAGUGCAUCCUCUGAAGCACCCACUACUACAUCACCAUCCCCUACAGCUUCAACAGCUGAAACAACAGCAGCUGUUAUUACUUCAGCUGUAACAUCUGCAGCUGUAACAACUGCAGCCAAGAAUUUGUUUGGAGCAACCUCUUCAGGUUCUGGCGGAUUAUUUGGUACAGCCACAACAACUGCAGGAGGAAGUGUAUUUGGAUCUGCACCAACAACAUCUGCAGGAGGAAGUACUUUUGGAACAGCUGCAACAACAUCUGCAGGAGGGAGUAUUUUUGGAACAGCUGCAACAACAUCUGCAGGAGGAAGUACUUUUGGAACAGCUGCAACAACAUCUGCAGGAGGGAGUAUUUUUGGAACAGCUGCAACAACAUCUGCAGGAGGGAGUAUUUUUGGAACAGCCACAACAACAUCUUCAGGAGGGGGACUCUUUGGAACAGCUGCAACAACAUCUUCAGGAGGGAGUCUCUUUGGAACAGCCACAACUACAUCUGCAGGAGGGAGUCUCUUUGGAACAGCCACAACUACAUCCGCAGGAGGGGGUCUCUUUGGAACAGCCACAAGCACAUCUGCAGGAGGAAGUCUCUUUGGGUCAGGUGGUACCCCAUCUACUGGAGGAGGGUUAUUUGGAGCAGCCACAACAACAUCUGCAGGAUCAGGAAUCUUUGGAACAACAGUGACAACAACUGCAGGAGGGAGUUUAUUUGGAGGAACAGCUGCAACAUCUACAGGGGGAGGAAGCUUGUUUGGUGCAACAGCCACCAGUGGAACUGCAACAGGAGGAAUCUUUGGACAGCCUGCGGCAUCUUCAUCAUCUAGCACAGGUGUGUUUGGGGGCUCUGGCGGGGGUUCAUUUGGUCUUGGGAGUGCACCCAACCCAGAGGAUGCUAAGAAGAAUGUGUUUGGCACCAGCACGGGUGGGAGCUUUGGAGCAGCUACAACCCAGUCAGGGAGCACUGGUUUGUUUGGUAGUAGUAGUAGUGGAGUGUUUGGUGCACCAAGUAGCACCAGUAGUUCAGGUGCAGUGUUUGGUGCAACUAGCACAGCACAAGGGGCUGGCACCACAGGAUUUGGUACAGCCAAGCCAGCGCAAGCUGGAGGUUUUGGUUCAGCAGCGGCUUUCGGCGGAGGGGCUACAUUUGGAAGUGCUCCCGCAUUUGGAAGCCCACCCAAAUUUGGUGGUGGGACUGGCGCAUUUGGGGGUGGUGCAACAUUCGGAAGCACCCCGGGGGGAUUUGGUAGUACACCCCAGACUGGCACACAACAAGGAGGCUUUGCUGCAUUUGCGGGAAAUGCAACCAGUCCAACAUUUGGCAACAUGGCCCAGCAGGCAUCAAAUGUUCCAUCUUUUGGUUCAAUGGCAGCAUCAGAUGGUGGUGGAUUUGGAUCUGCAGGUGGUGGAGGUUUUGGUUCAUCUGCACCUGUAUUUGGUGGUGCCCAGCAGCCAUCAACUGGAUUUGGUUCUCCAGCCCCAGGUGGAAGUGUAUUUGGUGGUGCAUCAUCAACUGGUACAAGUGCUUUUGGGACAGCACCUUCAUUUGGAUCUUCACCCUCAAGUCCAAAUUCUUCCUUCACCAGUUACAGAGGAUAGAAUCCAGCUCUUCAAUGGUCAUUUGACAUGACUCCUUCCUUGGAUGGUUUCCAUAAAUCACUUGUGGACACUUAUGGGAUGACUCAUAUUCUAUGGUGGUUACUUGAAAGAUGACACAUAUAUCUGGUGGAUACUUAUUGUAUGACACACAUCAUAAAUGAACACUUAUUGGAUGAUCUCAUUCUUUUGUGGUUAUUAAAAAGAUGACACACAUAUCUGGUAGACACGUUUUGUAUGAGACACUCAUCUUGUUGACACUUAUUAGAUGACACUCAUCCAUUGUGGACACUUGUUGGAUAUUGGAUGACACAUAUCCCUAAUUGACACUUAGAUUAGAUGACACAUAUUUUUGGUGGACACUUGUUUUAU